ACUACAUUUCCCAGUAGACAAUUGAAACGCAGGUGCAGCGACAACUUGUUGCCUCGUGAGAGAAAUAGGGGUGACCUCCGCAAUCACCGGAGUAGUGGAAAAGCCUCUGUCAUUUCUAAACCAGCUGAAAAUGGCUGAGCCUAUUAGAGUCCUGGUUACCGGCGCCGCAGGGCAGAUCGCAUACUCUCUGCUGUACGGAAUCGCAAAGGGAGAUGUCUUCGGUAAAGAUCAGCCCCUGGUUUUGGUUCUGUUGGACAUUACUCCCAUGUUGCCUGUGUUGGAGGGUGUUGUUAUGGAGCUGCAGGACUGUGCCCUCCCACUUCUGAGAGAGGUCAUCCCCACCGAUAAAGAGGACGUUGCAUUCAAAGAUUUGGAUGCUGCAAUCCUGGUGGGCUCCAUGCCAAGGAGAGAUGGCAUGGAGAGAAAGGACCUACUUAAGGCCAACGUUGCCAUCUUUAAGGCUCAGGGGGAGGCACUAGACAAGUAUGCAAAGAAAACAGUCAAGGUUCUAGUUGUUGGUAACCCAGCCAACACUAACUGUCUGAUUGCGGCCAAAUCCGCCCCGUCCAUCCCCAAAGAGAAUUUCUCCUGUCUGACACGCUUGGAUCACAACAGGGCUUGCUCUCAGGUGGCAAUGCGUUGUGGCAUUUCAGCAAACGGUGUGAAGAAUGUGAUCAUCUGGGGAAAUCAUUCGUCUACGCAGUACCCUGACGUCCACCACUGCAAGGUGAUUGUGCAGGGAAAGGACGUGACUGCCUUCGAUGCAGUGAAGGACGAUGCCUGGCUGAAGGGAGAAUUCAUUUCUACAGUGCAGCAGCGAGGUGCUGCAGUCAUUAAGGCCAGGAAGCUCUCCAGUGCCAUGUCAGCCGCCAAGGCCAUCUGUGACCACAUGAGAGACAUCUGGACAGGCACUUCCGAGGGUGAGUUCAUCUCUAUGGGUGUCUUUUCCACUGGAAACUCUUAUGGAGUACCUGAGGACCUAAUUUACUCAUUCCCUGUUUCAAUCAAGGGCAAGACCUGGAAGAUUGUUGAUGGGCUGGCCAUCAACGACUUCUCAAAAGCCAAGAUGGAUGCAACAGCAGCAGAAUUAGUGGAGGAAAGAGACACCGCUGUCUCUUUCCUGGGUGUGUGACUGGAAACCCAGCCAUAUUCACCACUCUUAGAUGCCCAGAAAACUCCAGAAGCACGUUUGUGAAACACUCGAGAAAAUCUUUAUCUUCCCCUGAAACUGUUACAUAAAUUCUAGAACUGUAUGUACUUGAAAUCCUAAUUCUUCCUUUUCAGCUGGAUUUUGGCUGAUUUUUCAGAAUUGGAACCUAGUCUUGUUGUUUAGCAGGGACUUCGGUUGUUUCCCUUCCUGUUUUUGGUUUUCCAUCUGAGCACAGCUGAGAAACAAUAGUCUAAAACAAGAUGUUAGUUAUUUGUAGACUGCCCUUUCUAAUUAAAGCUGCAUAAAGGAGAAACAAAGCCUGGAAAGGACUCAGAGUACAUAAAUUAGGUCUUUCUUUGUCAUUUUCCAGCCUUUACUGAAAUUUCAACUGCUACAUGUCUGACAGGUGUUCAUCAGAAAUGAACAAGGACUGUUUAAUGUGUUAAAGUGCUUUGGUAGUGCGGUUACUGUAACAGAUUUUAUAUGUAUUCAGCAAUAAAAACUAGACAUUAAAAUGCA